AUGAAAUUGUUAAACUCCACUUCACAGCUUGUAGAACCCCUAGAAAGUAGAAAGUUUGCAAGAUUUAACUUACAGUACACAGAGACAGAAGAGAAGCCCCUGGGAGAAGAACAGUGGGUUCCCAGAUUUGCAGGCCAUCAGAGCUUAGAAAAGAGAGAACGUUCAUUUUUUGCUCGUGAUCAGAAAAUAAACUGUGGUUUUAUUAAAGGUCCUGAAGGGUCUCAAAGUACUGGAUUUGACUUGACAGAAGAUGAUGCAAGUUACAUCAGCAGGUGCCACAUUGCUGUGAUUUCAUGCAUUUUUGGAAAUUCUGAUCACUUGAGGACCCCAGGCACGAAAACGGUCACCCGAUUGUCGAGGAAGAAUGUCUGCUUUGUUAUGUUUACUGAUGAAAUUACAAUACGGGCCCUUUCUUCUGAAGGGCAUGUGCCAGAUAGAAUGGGUUUCAUUGGCUUCUGGAAGUUGGUGGUAGUGAAGAAUCUACCAUAUGAUGAUAUGCGAAGAGUGGGCAAAAUACCUAAGUUAUUGCCGCAUCGACUUUUUCCUUUUGCAAGGUAUUCAAUUUGGCUGGAUAGCAAAUUACGUCUGCAGCUUGAUCCUUUACUUAUCUUGGAGUACUUUUUGUGGCGAAAGGGUUAUGAAUAUGCAAUAUCCAAUCACUAUGAUCGGCACUGUGUGUGGGAAGAAGUAGCACAGAACAAGAAAUUGAACAAGUAUAAUCACACUGUUAUAGAUCAACAAUUUGCAUUUUACCGGGCCGAUGGACUGGAAAAAUUUGAUGCAUCGGAUCCAAACAAGCUUCUUCCAAGCAAUGUACCUGAAGGUUCUUUUAUUAUUCGAGCACACACCCCUAUGUCGAAUUUGUUUUCCUGUCUUUGGUUCAAUGAAGUUGAUCGGUUCACUCCUCGUGAUCAGCUGAGUUUUGCAUACACAUAUCAGAAGCUGAGAAGGAUGAAUCCAGACAAACCUUUUCAUCUGAAUAUGUUCAAGGACUGUGAAAGGAGACACAUAGCCAAGUUGUUCCGUCAUAGGUUUGAUGAGAAGAGGAUAAAUCAUCAGAAAGCAUCAGAAUAA